UACUGCAUGGGCUGCACCGAGGGCAGCGCGGCCUGCGUGGUCCGCGACGUGGCGCCCGAGCGGUGCGAGCGCGACGGUGCGGAGUUGACGAAGGUGACGCUCGAGAAGGGGGAGCAGAAUCGAGCUUUUGGGGCCCGCGUAGUCGAUACGGAGACCAAAGAUUUUGGUCUUAUGAUUGUGCGCAUCAGUGCUGGAGGCGCGCUCAGCGAGUGGAACGCACGCAACCCAUCGAUGGCCGUGAGCCCAGGCGACAGCAUCGUCGAGGCGAAUGGUUUCACGGAACCAUGGGCCAUCAUGGAGGAGAUGGCAAGAGUCGUGAAAGUUGGUAUGGUCGUCCGCCGCGCCCCGCCGGGAGGGCGGGCCCUGCUGGCACAGUGCAAGGUCACGGAGCAGAGCCUCCAGACAACCGCGCUUGUCUUGAAGCAGACUGUCCAGGCCUGCGACGUUUCCGUGGACACUUGCGCCAUCUGCUUGGAGGACGUAGAGGCUGACGAGCGGAUUGCAGGCGUCGGGAAAGGGAAGCAGCCGCCGAGCUUCCUCAGGGCUGCCGCUGCUGGCGCCGGCGGCUUGGCGCACCUGGGCAGCCUGUGGUACGGCCAGCGCUGUACCUGCCAGGUCGAGUUGGGAGACGGUUUCUCGGUGGACCGUGAGCUGCUGCGCCUGCUGGAAGGUCAGCUGCAGAGGUGCGGGCCCGCCAACCUCACGGUGCCGGCGCCGUGCCCGCCCCCAGAGUGCUCGGGCUAUCCUGGGCUGGUGGUCCUCCUGGUGGCGGUGCUGGCUUUCCUGGCAGGGUUCGCCGCUGCUGCCUCCUGUGGCUGGUGGUGCUUGAGUCGCUCGGAGUGUCGUGCCACGUCGGAGAGCGCAGAGAUUCCGUACCUGACCGACGGCUCCUGGGUGGUGACCACACCCGAGAGAGACAUGUAUCUCGAGGACCUCCAGGAGGGCGUCGAGAGCCUCGUCUUGCUGGGCCCCAUGGGAGGCUUGCCGAUCGGGUGGAACCGUGGGCCUACACACCUGUUCAGGAACUCGUCCCAGGGCCCGCUGCGCCGCGAGGAGAGUUUGAGGCUCCAGGCGGAUGGCGCGGAGCUGGCCCUGCAGGAGAGGCGCGAGCUGGGCCUGGCCGCUUCUCCGCCGCUGCCGCCGCCCACGGGCGCGCCCCCGUCGCUGGCGCUGGAGGGUGUGCCGAGCUCGGGCGAUGGAGGAUGGCGGUACUCGGAGAACCGCGGCGGUGCUCGGCUGGGCGAGCGCGUCGGCGACGCGGAGCUGGAGGCAGGCUGCCAUCGAGGAGAUCGUGGAGUGGCCCUGGUUGGCGACGUCUUCGUGGCCUGCUCGUUCUUCCGGCCGGGCCAGCAGAUGCCUACGCCGAGGGAAGUGGAGGCGGCGGAGCCUGUGUCCAACGAGCUGCGCACCCUCCCGGUGAAGUACGAGACGGCCCGCCAGCGGCAUCGCUCCUACAAGGAGGCCGCAUCGCUGACCACGACGACGGCGUUCGAGGACUGGCCGAUCAGCGGCCCGAGGACGGCGGAGUGGCUGGCGCGGGAGAUCGCUCGGCAGGAGCUCACGCCUGUGCGCCGCCACUCCUGGUGGAGACAGCUGCUGGGUCUGGGCCCCAGCGAUUGGGGCGUCGGAGAGCACGAGUCCUUGAGCCGCCUCUUCGAGCACGCGCUGACGUACGACCAGCUGAACUUCGGCGAGUUGGCGUCGCUGGAGCUUGCAGGCAGGAGGAUGGCGGGCCGCCUCGGUGUUGCAGGUGAAGGCCUAGACUGGGCUCGGGACUUGCUGCCGCUGCCAUCUGGGCGCUGCCUGGCUGAUCUCCUGGAGGGACUCUCGCCAGCUGGCCUGGGUGUGUCGCGCUGUGCGGAUCGGCGGCGCUCGCGCCGACGGGCUGCCGAGGCGCGGCUGCAGGACGGCAUCUCGACGCUCAACGUGCUGGGCGGCCGCGGCGAGGAGUGGGGCCCCAAAGUGCUGCCAGGUGCUAUCCAGCGCCAGGCUGUGGCCAGCUUGGCCCGGGCCUACUUUGCCGUGCCGCCGCCGCCCGACGACCUCACCGCCUCGGGAGCGUGGUCUGCGCUUCGGGGCUGCGGUUCCGGCUACGCCGUUGCAGGUGUUGUCGCCGGAGAGUUCGCGACCUACCAGCGCGGCAGGCUUGCCCUGCCAGCGGUCGGUAACCAGGCGAUCGACCUCGUCAGUUGCCUGCCCGACCACUACCAGAAGUUGCUGGAGGAUAGUGGCCGCGCUAUUCGGCUACCAGCAGUGUGUACAAAGGACGUGGCGGCAGAGGUGGACGAGUUGGGCCCUGCGAUGGAUCCCAUCCUGGCUAGGUCGCCCAGCAAGUACGCCGAGUUUUUGAUGUCUGCAUACGAAUCGGGUCUCGUCGAGCCGGCGACUGAGGUUCGCAGUUUUGUGGGAGUCUUCUUCGUGCGUAAGAAGGACGGCUCGUUGUGGAUCAUCUUCGAUCCUCGAAGGACGAACUCGCAGUUUGUACCUCCAGAUAGUGUUGCCCUGGCUUCUCCUGAGGCCCUGGGUGAUCUUGAGUUGCCUGCAGGCCAGGGGUUGUGGGUCAGUGAGGGCGAUGUCGAGAACUGCUACUACCAGUUCCUGCUGCCUGACGACCUGAGGGCCGACUUCGUGCUACCUGCGGUGCCUCGGAAGCUGCUGCCGCGGAGUCUGCGCCGCUUGCUUCCGCCCGGGAACGACUUCGUUCACUUCCAGGUGCCGAUGGGCUGGAGCUGGGCCGUGGCGCUGGUGCAGGCGGCGAACGGGGAGCUGCUGCGAGCUGGUCCGCAAGGGGCCCGCCGCUGGAUCUGCAAUCGCCGCUGCGCACCUGCUGUCGCCGGGCGGGAGCCCGCUGCUCUUCUGUACAUCGACAACUUCGCCUCGCUGGGGACUGUAAAGGAGGCAGUCCAGCUCGACGGCGACUCGAUGGAGAGGCAGCUGAGGGGACGCGGUCUGACUACUCACGACAUCUCGGGGCCGCAUGUUGACGUGGACCUGCUCGGGUUCCACAUCGACGGGGUGCAGGGGGCGAUUCACAUCGCGCCCAAGCGGUUCUGGAGGCUGGCCAUGAGUCUGGACUAUAUCCUGAAGCACCCCCUCCUGACGGGAGCCGAGCUAGAGCGGCUGAUCGGGCAUUUGACGUACGUGCUGCUGCUACGACGCGAGGUGCUCAGCUUGCUCAGUGCAUCCUACGUCUUUGUCAGCAAGUGCUACACUCGGCGCGUGCGGCUCUGGCAUUCGGUGCGCCGAGAGCUGACCUGGAUGCGAGCGCUGCUGCCGCUGGUGUGGGCGGAUCUGCGCGGCGCCUGGGCCCCCAGCGUGACGGCCGCGGACGCCUCGUUGACGGGCUUGGGCGCGGUGGAGCGCUCCGCGGACCCACACGACGUCGGGCGCAUCGGCCGAGUUAGAGAGCGCUGGAGGUUCAAGGAGAGCGAGCUGUGGCCGAAGGCUCGCGUGCACGCGCCUUGCGUGAAGGCCGCCUCGUGGAAGACCGUGGCCUCGAGACGGUGGCGCCAUCGUGCCCCCAUCGACCUUCUGGAGGGCGAGGCGCUGCUGUGGGCCAUGCGGCGGCAGGUGCGGCGAGUGGCGCAUCACGGGUGCAGGCGGUUCGAGCCUCGCCGGUUGCGGGGCGAUGGAGCGCCGUCGGCUCGUGGCGGCCGCACCGAGUGCGCAGCCACCGCCUGCUCCGAGUGCGCCGGCGAGCGGUCGACGGCCUUGCCGUGGCACCGCCUCCUGGGCUCGAGCGCGUCAGGACUGGAGCUGGAGGCGGUGAGGCCCUCUACCCAGCAGAACUACCUGAAGCGCCUCAGUGGCCUCUGCAACUGGCUCGGAGUGGAGACGCUGCCCAGCUGGAGCGCGCUGGAGUGGGACGACGCACUGCUGCAGUACCUGAACGACGAGUUCGCGCAGGGAGUGCGGCCGAACAGGGCUGCAAAGCUGUUGUCGGCGGUGCUCUGGGCGCGACCGGCGCUGGGGCGGCCCCUGCGGGUGGUGUUGCCGAAGAGCAGCCGGGCGCUGCUGGGCUGGAAGCGCACGCGGCCUGGCCACUCUCGCCCGCCGCUCCCUUGGCUGGUGCUCUGCGGCGUGCUGGAGCUCCUGCUGCUGAAGCGGGAGGUGGCGAUGGCGUGCGCUCUCUGCCUCAUGUUCCACUGCUACCUUCGGCCCGGAGAGCUCCUGGCGAUGAAGGCGUUUCAGCUGGUGCCGCCUGCGGCCGGGCUGCAGGGCGGGUUUCGCUGGUGGACGCUGCUGCCUCAUCCAGAGGAGCUGCUGGUGCCCAGCAAGACUGGCGAGCUGGACGACUCGCCGCCGCUGGACGUGCCCGAGCUCCAAUGGCUUACCCCCGCGCUCAGGGAUCUGAAGGCGCGGCUGGAGCCCCGCGAGCCGCUGUGGAGUUUCGGUUACGCGCAGCUGCGCGAGGAGCUCGAGAGCGCGCUGGCGGCGCUGGGUCUUCAAAGCCUCGGUGCCACGCUGUACUGCCUACGGCACGGAGGAGCAAGCCACGAUCGAAUCGUGGGAAGGAGGUCGCUCGAGGAGGUGGCCAAGAGAGGCAGGUGGCGAGCUCGCCUGUCCGUGCGGAGGUACGAGAAGCACGGCCGCCUGGCGCUGCAAGUGGCGAAGGUGCCGCCCGUGGUGCAUGAGCGGCUGCGACUCAGCAUGCAGAGGCUGCCGCAGCUGUUCGCCAGCUGCUCACCGCGACGCUCCACAGAGUGCGCCUGGGGCGAGAUAGGGUCGCCGUCGAG